CUGUUUUGGUCCCCAAACUCAGAAACCAUCACCCAUCACCCAUAUCUGAGGAUUACAUAAUAGUGGUUCAACACUUUAAACAAUGCUUGUAUUUUCUUGCAUGUUAUCCCUCUUGUAGUCUAUCCUAUGCUUAUCUUUGAGUUGUGACUUUAAAGAUAUCAAUUAAUAAAGCGAUGAGUAUCAUACUCGCCGUGUGGGGAAGACGCUGCGUCCCUCUAGUGGCGAGGUGAGGGAACACACACUGCCCAAUGCAUGGGACUCCAUUCAUGGAGCAUCCUAGUCACACACGAGUGAAUGCAGGUAUAAAAGCAGUUGGACCAACAAGGGGAAGAACAUAUAUAAAUAGAUCUCUUAAAAGAGAGUCGACUACUUUCUAUUAUGUGUUGGGUGGAUUUGAACAUUAAUCAUGGUCAUUAAUGGUCAUGGAAUUAUAUAAUUAUAAUAACGACGUCUCUUUAAAAGUACAGGCUAAAUGUGACUAAAUAUCCAAGCAGUGUAAAAAGCCUGGGGGGAAAUGAUGAUUUUAGUGCAGAAUCCUGGGACAUAAAUAAAUGUGUCACAUGCGUGCAAAGCCAUCGUUAACUUGAACUUCUUCACCUUUGCCGGUCUGGCGGUUUGAAGUAGUAUUAGUAUUAGUAUUAGGCUGGUUCUACCUGUCCGAUUCUCUUCCGGAGACACGGACACGCUCCCUCAUCCAGCCGCCGGGCGUGUCGAGUCAGCCCCCGGUGUGAUCCACCCCGCCCUGCAGACAGGACACACCCUUGAUAGCGAUCGGCAUCUCCCUCCAUACGUCACCUGAUAACGACUUUCUCCAACCUGGCCGCUCCCACCUCCAUGGGUAUAAAAUCCUUCGCGUACAACAGCUCCAUCAACGUGUCUCCCAACACCAACCGCACCUGUCGUCUACCACUUUAACAGUGACAUCACCUGUCGAUCAGCCUACCAACACCUGCCUGUAGUGAUGAAUAUCCGCUCCGGACGCACGGGGACGUCCCUAUACUCCGGGGGGUACCGGAGCUCCCGGGCAGCCAGCGUCUAUGGCGGGGCCGGGAAGGGAAGCGUCAAGGUGUCGUACGCGUCGAACAACAGCAGUGGGUUCGACCUGGCCAACGGGCUCGGGGACAACGGCACGGGACACUCGGUCAACGGCAAGGCCACGAUGCAGAACCUCAACGAGCGCCUGGCCACCUACCUGCAGAAGGUGGUCUCAUUGGAGAGCGCCAACGCGCAGCUGGAGCGGCAGAUCCGCGAGUGGUACGAGAUGAAGACGCCGCAGGUGCGGGACUACAGCAAGUACGAGAUGAUCCUUGAUGACCUCCGUCGAAAGAUCAACGUUGCCAGCAUGGACAAUGCCAGAAUCCUUCUACAGAUCGACAACGCCAGGUUGGCCGCCGACGACUUCAAACUGAAGUACGACAACGAGCUUCUCAUGAGGCAGUCUGUGGAGACGGACAUCCUGGGGCUGAGGAGAGUCCGGGACGAGCUGACCAUGACCUCCAGCGACCUGGAGAUGCAGAUUGAGGGGCUGAAGGAGGAGCUCAUCUACCUGAAGAAGAACCACGAGGAGGAGCUCGCUGCGGUCCGCUGUCAGUUGAGCUCGGGCUCGGUGAAUGUGGAGGUGGACUCCGGCCCCAGACAGGACCUGAGCCUGGUCAUGGACGAGCUCCGGACCCAGUACGAGGGCAUCACGGACAAGAACCGCAAGGACAUGGAGUCCUGGUACAAGGGCAAGUUUGACGAGCUGAACAAAGUGGUGGUGACCAGCGAGGACACCCUCAACUCCUCCCGCAGUCAGAUCACCGAACUCAAGAGGACCCUGCAGUCGCUGCAGAUAGAGCUUCAGUCCCAACUCAGCCUGAAAUCUGCUAUGGAGAACCAGCUGGGGGAGACAGAGGGCCGCUACAGCCAGCAGCUGUGCCAGCUGCAGGCCAUGGUGAACAACCUGGAGUCUGAGCUCGGCCAGGUGAAGACGGACAUCGCGAGGCAGGGACAGGAGUACCAGACGCUGCUGGACAUCAAGACCCGCCUGGAGAUGGAGAUCGCCGAGUACAGGAGGCUCCUGGAUGGAGAAAUGACCACGACAGCCGUUGUCACGACGGUCACAAAACGUACGCCAGUCGUGACCAAAAGAGUCAAGAUGGUGAUCGAGGAGAUUGUGGAUGGUAAGGUGGUAUCUCGCACCGAAGACGUUGAUGAGGAAGUCGUUAGCAAGUGAAAACCCUGGGACCGAACAUAACUACGCAAAUCUGUGUUGAAAUGAACUCACUGAUGACCGAUAAGUUAAGAGCUACAUCCCCAUUACCCCCAUCUUUGCCCUCUCUCACUCAAUGAUAAAGCGUCUCAGAAAUCCCAGUGAGGGCCCCAAAUUAGUUAACUUGGGGCCCUCACUCAGAAUAUAGUUUUGUUUGUUUGUUGGCUUUGGGAAUGGUUUGGCUUUCUGUUGGACACCUCUUAAAGAAUUUGCCUCAACACACAAUGUUUUCACUGUUAAGAUGUUAAAUGUUAAGAUAUUCAUUGUAUACUUGGUGUUGAUGAAAUACAAAUAUAAUACAAAGUAUUCUUGUGAACUGAGUUAAUGAAUGAACAAUUGUUCAUGUUGAAAGACAUCAUCCACAAUCCAUCUAUUUGACCUUCAGUUCAAUUCAAAAUACAUUGCCAUGUUUGUACAGCAGAUGGCGCUGUUAUUCAAAAGUUCGCCGCAGUAUUGUCAGAACUUCGAGGUAUUAAUCUAUGUCUAUUUCUUGCUGCUUGUAAUGAUAGUACACAAAUCACAAAUAAAACACAUCUUCUGAAUA